AUGCAGUUCUCACUCGGACCAAGCCCACCCACAUCACCCCAGCCACACCCACGAACCCAACAAGCACGAACCGAACGAACAGAACGAACCGAUCGAAGCGGUCAACAAGAACGAACAGGUCAACAAGAACGAACAGGCCAACAAGAACGAUCCGGUCAACAAGAACGAUCCGGUCAACAAGAACAACAAGAACAACAGCAUCCACCACGAUCCUCCUCCGCAGCAAUCCCAAAACCAUACUUCCCUGGCCUGCGAAGGAUCCAGUCCAGGAAGAAAGAAAACACCCUGCUCAGCGCCAUCCUCUCCCCCUCCGCCAGCUCAUCCACCCACCCCCAAGACGCCCCAGGAGAGCCCCCGAGCCGAUCGAACAGCCAGCCCCCGCCGAUCCCCAGGGUACUCCGAUCGGCCACCGACAGGCUCAGGACCACCCAGCCUAACACCGCCCCAGAAACACCGGCCCCAGCAGCAGCAGCAGCAGCACCAGCCAUCCACGCACCACCCAGCCAGCAGCCCAGCCAGACGGCCGAGCACAUGCAUCCACCGGCCGAACCACCGGCCGAACAAGCCUUCUCGCUCCGCCUCGUCCCCCAUCUCGACGCCACCCGCUCGCUGCACUUCGAGCCCAUCGAGCGCAAGCUGACGCCCUCGCUGGUCCUCAAGCUCGGCCGGUUCACCGACCGGGGCAGCCCGCUUGCCCCGGCCUCCACCGAUACCCGGAUCGCCUUCAAGUCCAAGGUGGUCUCCCGCGGCCACGCCGACAUCUUCGCCGACCCCGCCGGCGCCUUCUUCAUCAAAGACACCAAGAGCUCCUCCGGCACCUUCCUCAACCACAUCCGCCUCUCCCCCCCCGGCUCCGAGUCCAGGGCGUUCCCGCUCAGAGACGGCGACGUCCUCCAGCUCGGCGUCGACUACCAGGGCGGCACCGAGGAGAUCUACCGCUGCGUCAAGAUGCGCGUCGAGCUUAACCGCGGCUGGCAGCGCUCGGCAAACGUCUUCAAUCAGCAGGCAUUGGCUCAGCUGCGCACUCUCGGCGCCAAAGGCUCCUCCGCCCCGGCCUCCGGGCAGCCGGCCAAGGACGUGAGCACCAAGGCGGGCGCCGAGGGCCUUCCGAAGCCGGUCUCUGACUGCUGCAUCUGUCUCUUCGGCGUCAACGUCUGCCAGGCCCUCUUCAUCGCGCCCUGCUCGCACACCUACCACUACAAAUGCAUCCGCCCGCUGCUCCAGAUGCAUCACCCGGGCUUCAGCUGUCCGCUGUGCCGGACGUUUGCGGACCUGGAGGCGGACGUGGAGACAGACGAGGUGGCCUCGUCGCCCCCAGACGACUCCGCGGCCGACAACCCCGACCACACCGUCGUCCUCCCCGCCCCUCCGCCGGCCAUCGACCGGGCCCACACGAUGGUCAUGUCCGCCGAGAUGGCGGCGACGUACCGCGCCCACCUGUCGUCUCCGCCGGGCGCUGCUCCGGCGGGGGCUGUCCCGACGGGGGCUGCUCCGGCGGGGCGCCCGCAGCCGCUGAGCGGCUCGGUGGGCUCGUCGGUCGACCGUCCCCGCUCGGACGACCACGGCGGCUCCUCGGACGGCGAAGGGCCAGACCUGCCCGCCAGGCCGCGCCCGCCCGCCUCCACCGUCGCCGUCGUCGGCACCGGCCCGGCCCGCAAGCCGGCCAAGGCCGCCCUGCCCGCGCCCCUCCCGCUGCUCCCCACCGCCCUCCUGCCCUCCUCCUCCUCCCCCACCCAUCUCGGAGCCGAAGCCGAAGACCCGGUGCCCAAAGAGCCGCCCCCAAGCCGGCCCCCCGGCCCGCCCAUCUCGUGCGUCUCUCUCCCCCCUCUCUCGCUCUGGAGCUUACUGAUGUGUGGGGAUGCGAGAGACAGGACCAAUACCGGCAGCCCCGCGCCCUCCGUCGCCGCCUCCGACAACGCGCCCUCGUCUACCGGCGCCGUCAUCAUCGACCCCUCCGCCGUCCUCCCCGACAACCCGCCUCACCCCGGCGGACGGCUGUCGGUGAGGGCUCGGACCGAGGCUGGCGCCCCUCCGGACGCUCAGCAGGCGCUUGCUUAG